UCGUUGCUUCUCAUCAAUCUCACUAGAAAGUGCAAUCCACAGAGCCGAAUAGAAACCAAAACAAACCGCAGUGCUGUUAGCGUUUCAUUAGUCAUCGAUCUCGGAUAACACUAAUCGUGCUUUCCACGAAAGAACAUGGUGCAUUACGCCACGCUUUAUCGGGAUUACAUACCAUUUCAUGCGGAUCGACCGUACAAAUACCACAACCGAAGGUUCCUGGAACGAUGGGACCGAGUGAACGGGAUGAAGUGGGUGCCAGCGUCAAAUGGUGAAAUACCACCCGACGCCGUCGUCGCCGGAUACGAAGGCAACCAGACGCUGUACGUGGGCCGGGCAGAAGUGAACAAUUCCAUCGCACCGGGUUCCAUCAACCCCCAAGAGCGGGCGUGCUUCUGUCCCUGGGGCGGUAAGAACCACAAGCGGCACACCUACGAAGUGCUCUGCACUGCGGGACAGUUCGUGCAAAUCGAUAGCUGGAACACGCUGGUGCAGGGAACGCCGGGCGGCAUCAGCGAACAAGGCGAACCUUUGUAUAUUGGUCGAAAUGAGCAGAAAGGGAAUCUGAUGUGCGGCAAAAUUCAAAGGUCGUACUUUGUUUGCUACAUUCCUUACAGGACAAAGGAAGUGGAGCUACCUGUGUUCGGGAGUCAGAUUUUCAUCAAGACGACUAGUUAGAGCUAGCGCAGGAGACUGAAUAUAAUGUCCUUGAGGGUAAGAAACCUUAAACAAAUAGGAUAAGGGAUAAUAAACAGGCAGCAUCUGAAGACUUA